ACGGUUGCCAUUGCAAACGAAACAGCGUCGUCCCUCCUCUCCUCGCCGACGUAUUCUCACCGUGUCGCAAGCCGCCAUGAGCUUCGACUUGGUGCUGAAGCCGUGCUGCGAUGGAUGCGGGUCGACGUCCGACCUCUACGGCAGCAAUUGCAAGCAUACCACGCUCUGCCUCUCCUGCGGCAAGACCAUGGCGGCUAAUCGUGGCCGCUGCCACCUCUGCGGCGCUUUCAUCACCAAAUUGAUCCGGGAGUAUAAUGUACGGGCAAGUGCAAACAUGGAUAAGGCUUUCUAUAUUGGUAGAUUUGUAACUGGUUUGCCACCAUUUUCAAAGAAGAUUUCAGAGAAUAGAUGGUCUCUUCACAAAGAAGGUCUUCAAGGACGCCAACUCACUGACAAUUUGCGGGAGAAGUAUAAGAAUAAGCCAUGGAUAUUGGAAGAUGAGACAGGCCAGCAUCAGUAUCAAGGUCAAAUUGAGGGCUCACAAUCUACAACUGCGACAUAUUAUUUGCUAAUGAUGCAGGGGAAGGAGUUCCUUGCAUUUCCAGCUGGUUCCUGGUACAAUUUUAGCAAAAUUGCUCAAUACAAACAAUUAACUUUGGAAGAGGCUGAAGAGAAAAUGAACAAGAGGAGGCAUAAUGCAACUGGAUAUGAGAGGUGGAUGAUGAAGGCAGCAACUAAUGGGCCUGCUGCUUUUGGUGAAAUUAAGAAUGAGGAUGUAACCAAAGCUGAGGCUGAUGGAAGUGUCCGUCUUAAGAAAGGGAAGAGCAAUGAUGAUGGAAAUCAUUCUGACAAGGGUGAAGAAGAUGAUGAUGAAGAAGGGGCAAGAAAGAAUAGGCUUGGACUCAACAAAAAGGCUAUUGAUGAUGAUGAAGAAGGUGCAAAAGGAGGUGAUUUUGAUCUAGAUGAUGAAGAUAUUGAAAAAGGUGAUGACUGGGAGCAUGAAGAGACUUUUACUGACGAUGAUGAAGCUGUUGGAAAUGAUCCAGAGGAAAGAGAAGACUUAGCUCCUGAGAUUCCUGCUCCACCUGAAAUUAAACAGGAUGAUGAGGAUGAAGAUGAAGAAGAUGGUGGAUUGAGUAAAUCUGGAAGGGAGUUAAAAAAACUGCUUGGACGAGCCGCCGGAUUAAAUGAAUCUGAUGGUGAUGAAGAUGAUGAAGACGAUGAUGAUGAUGAAAUUGGCAUGUCUCCUGUGCUGGCUCCAAAACAAAAAGACGCCCCCAAAGAUGAACCAACAGAAAAUACAACUUCAAAAGCAUCACCUCCCUCAACAUCUGCCCGUUCCAGUCCUGUUACAUCAAAAUCAUCUAAAUCAAAGAGAAAAGCUGGGAGUGAUGAUGCAAAGAUUAGUAAUGGUUUACCUGCUAAGAAGGUGAAGGCAGACAAUUCAAAUGCUAAGGCUGAGCCUCCCACUUCAUCUAAACGUAAUGCGCCUCCAAAAUCAUUACAUGCUACAACUUCGAAACUUGGAUCAAUGUCUUCUACAGCUCCAGUGACAGAGGAUGAGAUUCGAACAGUUCUCCUUUCUGCCACUCCUCUGACAACACAGGACUUGGUUGCAAAAUUCAAAGCCAGACUAAAAUCCCAAGAGGAUAAGAAGGCUUUUGCGGACAUUCUCAGAAGAAUAUCUAAGAUACAGAAGGCUAAUGGUCAUAACUACAUCGUUCUGAGAGAGAAAUAGUUGGAUGCCAAGUAGAUUUAGUCAUCCUUGGCAUUGAGGUCAUGAUGAUAGCUUUGUGUUCGACUUGUGCAGAUGGAACUUUGGUGGGUACUACAGAAGCAAAGCUUGAUUCAACAUUUUUCCCGAUUGUGCUCAUAGUUUGGAGUCAUAUGCUCUGUUGCCCCAAGCACUGCAGAUGGUGACAUGACGUGUUGCCAUGGGGGUUGAAAAAGGUUAAAUUUUCUCGAUUAUUUGUGCACUCGGUAGAACAUGUUGCAAAUUGAUUUCUACUAAUUUGAUCGAUCGACUAGGUUUCUGCUGUGAAUUUGUAGCCAUUUGUGACUACUAAUCUGAUCGAUUGACUAGGUUUCCUUC